AUGAAUGCGCGCGAAGAGCCAAGAGGUCAAGAGAGUGGACCAAGAGAUCUAUUGCAAGCUGCGAUCUUAGAGUGGGCAGAGCUCAUGCGACAACAGGCACCGAGCUUUGUGAAGAUCGUGGAGACUAUGAGAAAUUUGGGAACCGAGUAUUUUAGGGGAGGAUCAAACACCUUUGAAGCUGAUAAUUGGUUGCGAACCAUGGAGAGGAAUUUUGAGGCAAUCCAAUGUCAAGAGGACUAUAAGAAAGAUGUUGCAGUGCACUACUUGAAGGAUGACGCUAGUGAUUGGUGGAUCGGUGUGAAGAGACACUAUGGUAGAGAUCCAACAUGGGAUGAGUUUCGAAAUGAGUUCGAAGGAAAGUAUUUCCCACCGGAGGCCAGAGACAGAUUGGAGAAUGAGUUUAUAAACUUAAAACAAGGCGAGAAGAGCGUUCGAGAGCUAGAGGCAAUCUUUACUCGACUGCGAAAGUAUGUGUACCGAGGGCGAGACAAUGAGGCAGCUAUGACACGCCACUUUUUACAUGCGCUACGACCAGAUAUCCAGAGUAGGCCCAUGUCUGUCACUUACCAACGAGUUGACAAGUUGGCGGAGAGAGCUGUAAAUGUGGAGGAGCACAUAGAAAUGGAGAAGGAAGCCAUGCGAAAAGACGAAGAGAAGGGCAAGGCGAAGAUGAUGCCAAGUGGUAGUGCAACCCGAAAGAGGAGUCGAUCAGACCAGGAAGAGAGUAGUUCAAAAUUUGGGAGAAGAGGAGUUGAGUGUUUCUCAUGUGGAGAGUCGGGCCAUUAUUUUCGAGAAUGCCCGAGGGCAGGAGAGAGUGAUCGCCCAGUGCCAUCUCACAUCAUAUGUUACAAUUGUGGCAAGAGUGGCCAUUACAUGGCAGCUUGUCCGAUGAUCAAUGCCAUAGAAGCGGAACCAGAAGAAGAAUAUCCCCCACUGACCAGUCCCGAGGAGGAGCGACUUGCGAAGCAGCAAAUGGCUAGAUAUGGUGCGGUUGCUGGUCGUGGUCGUGGACGUGGUCGUGGUAGGGACAGAGGCCCAGCA